AUGGAGCAGCAAACUAUGCCACUCGCCAUCAUCGGUAUGGCAUGCCAGUUCGCCGGAGAUGUCUCAAGCCCUGAGAAACUCUGGCAGUUGUGUGCCGAUGGAAACAGUGCUUGGAAGGCGAUUCCUGAGUCCCGAUUUGCACAGAAGGAAUUGUAUCACCCAGAUAACCAGAAACAAGGGACGACAAACGUGGAAGGAGGACAUUUCUUGGAGGAGGAUGUAUCCCUCUUCGAUGCCGCCUUUUUCAACUUUUCAUCCGAAGUGGCCAAUACUAUGGACCCGCAGUUUAGGCUCCAGUUAGAGACCGUGUAUGAAGCACUUGAGAAUGCUGGCAUUCCGCUGGACCAGAUUGCGGGCUAUCGUACUUCUGUUUACGCCGGCGCUUUCUUUCGGGAUUAUCACGACAGUCUGAUGCGAGACCCAGCCACUCUGACCCGCUUCUUCAUGACCGGGAACGGAUCAGCCAUGGCAUCGAAUCGGAUCUCCCACUUCUAUGAUCUCCGUGGGCCGAGCAUGACAGUCGACACGGGUUGCUCAACGACCUUAACAACAUUGCAUCUUGCAUGUCAGAGUCUGCGUAAUGGAGAGUCAGACGUUUCGAUUGUUGCUGGAUCGAACAUCUUAUUGAAUCCCGACAUGUUCGAGUCCAUGUCGAGCUUAGGAUUUCUAUCGCCGUCCGGCAAAUCCUAUGCAUUUGACCACCGCGCAUCAGGCUAUGGACGUGGCGAGGGCGUCGCCACGUUGAUUGUGAAGCCUCUGACCAGUGCACUACGGGAUGGAGAUCCUAUCCGAGCCGUUAUCAGGGAAACAGCACUGAACCAAGAUGGUUGGACCCCGACAAUAACGUCCCCUAGCCAGAAGGCCCAGGAGGAGCUGAUCCGAUUAUUCUAUCAAAGAGCUGGUCUGGACCCCCUGGAAACGAGCUACGUGGAGGCUCAUGGAACCGGAACGCCAGCUGGCGAUCCGGUGGAGGCUGCGGCUCUCAGUGCCGCUCUUAACACGAACCGAUCGUCCCAGGAACCUCUACUGAUUGGCUCCGUGAAAUCGAACAUUGGUCAUACGGAGACAGCUAGCGGACUGGCCAGUAUUAUCAAGGUGACUAUGGCUCUCGAAAAGGGCUAUAUUCCACCUAGUGCGAACUUUGAAAAGCCGAACAAGGACAUCGAUAUGAACGGAUUGAACAUAGAGAUCCCAACCUUAUUGAGGCCUUGGCCACAAGCUCUUCGAAGGGCAUCUGUCAAUAACUUCGGAUACGGCGGUGCCAAUUCGCAUGUCAUUAUCGAAUCACCAGCGGUACUAACACAGCCUUCGCCAGCGAUAGUUUCUGAGAGCGGCAGUUUGCAGUCCAGGGUUUUUGUCCUCAGUGCCAAGGAAGGGGCGGCAGUGUCGAGGAUGGCAUCAAGGAUGGCAGAGCACCUUCGCGGCCUCACUUUGGAUGAUGAAAGCGCAUAUAUGCGCCAUCUGGCAUUCAGCCUCGGGCAGCGCCGUUCAAACUUUCCAUGGAAAGCGGCAUACUUAGCAUCGACUAAGAAGGAGUUGAUCGAGAAGCUUGAGCAAGGCCAGGUCACUCCCCAGCAGGCCACUGAGCAACCUAGGCUUGGAUUUGUCUUCACCGGGCAAGGCGCGCAAUGGUAUGCCAUGGGCCGGGAACUCAUUGAGGCGUAUCCGGUAUUCAAGGACGCCCUACUCGAGGCAGACCAGUGUCUGAAGAGCUUUGGCGCCAAGUUUUCAAUUAUCGAGGAGCUCAGUCGCGACGAGGCGUCGAGCAAAGUCAACACCGCCAUGCUAAGUCUCCCGCUUUGUACAGCCGUACAGAUUGCUUUGGUAAAACUCUUGCGGUCUUGGAACAUUUCACCCAUCGGGGUCACCGGUCAUUCAAGUGGUGAGGUUGCCGCCGCGUUCACGGCCGGCGCGAUCGACGUGCGAUCUGCAAUGGCAAUUGUCUACAUGCGAGGAGCCCUCACAUCUAGUUUCCAAGAAAAGAUUGGAUCUGGCCGCGGAGGGAUGGUGGCAGUAGGUCUUGGAAAGGAAGCUGCCGAGGCCUAUGUCGCGAAAUUAACGACCGGAAAGGUUGUUGUAGCCUGCAUCAACAGCCCCGAGAGUGUGACAGUAUCCGGGGACAUCACAGCCAUUGAAGAGCUGGAAUCGCAAUUAGUGGGCGAUGGAAUAUUCGCUCGUAAGUUGAAGGUGGAGGCUGCGUAUCAUUCGCAUCAUAUGCAGCCCUUUGCAGACGAAUAUUCGGCGGCACUGCAACAGAUCCUCCGCGAUGGCAAGUUGGAUGAUGACAUUAUCUAUUCAUCGCCAGUCUCUGGCACUCGCACUAACGGAGAUGAAGUCAGUCGCGCAGAGCACUGGGUACAAAACAUGCUCCAGCCUGUUCUCUUCCUCGAUUCUCUGACCAACUUGUGUCUUUCCAGUGACUUGAACCAACAGGUCGACACAAUCCUUGAGGUCGGGCCACACAGUGCUCUUGCAGGUCCCGUUCGGCAGACAAUGGGUCUCCCUGCGUUCGAAGGAAAGCGCAUUUCUUAUCUCUCAUGUUUGUCGCGUGGGGAAAACGCGGUUGAAACCAUGCAAUCCCUUGCCGCUACUUUGCGCAGUCAAGGCACUCGUGUGGAUCUGAGUGCUGUGAACUUCCCCAUCAAUCAAGAAGGGCUCCGAGUCCUCCACGACCUCCCUUCUUACCCAUGGAAUCAUGCGCACGGCUAUUGGGCGGAGCCACGUUUGAACAAGGAGCAUCGUUUGCGCCGGCAGAAGCACCACGAUCUACUGGGCAGUCCUCUCAUUGGAGGCAACGCACUGUCUCCAACCUGGCGUCAUAUCAUUCGUCUAUCUGAUACUCCUUGGCUUCGUGCCCACAAGGUCCAGAGCAACAUCAUUUACCCAGGCACUGGGUACAUAUGUAUGGCCAUUGAAGCCGUACACCAAUUAUCGCAAGGCCAAAGCCACGCCAUGUCGAGCGUCAGUCUGAAGGACGUCGAAAUCUUGAAAAUACUGAUCGUCCCCGAGACUGAGGCGGGCGUGGAGGUCCAUCUAACAUUGCACGAGAGUUCAGAUAAAGUGCUAACCGGCCAGCUCUGGCAAGAGUUCCACAUUUACUCUUGCGACAAUAGUGGAAAAUGGAGCGAGCACUGCAAGGGACUCAUCGCGCGUAAUCAAGGCAACGAGGCGUACCAGAGAAAUGCUAGCAGUGAUGACAACGUCUACCUUCGACAACUCAAACCGCAGGAGCUUUAUCGUACACUUCAAGCCAAAGGUAUUUAUCACGGCAAGGCCUUCCAGAAUCUUGUUUCAAUUCAGUAUAAUCCAGGUCGCUCCCUGUGUACUUUGCGAGUUGCCGAUACAGCAUCCUCAAUGCCGUAUGGUGUUGAAAAACCUCACGUUCUACACCCAACGACAUUGGACUCGAUUUUCCAAGCUGUAUACAGCUCUCUGCCAACCAGUGCGCUCAAGGCCAAUACCGCUAUGGUGCCCCGAGCAUUCAAGCGCAUGGAUGUGAGGACAUCGAUGUCUAGCACACCUGGUCAUGUUUUCCAAGCUCAAUCCAUGCUGCAUCGGGCCAAUCCACAGGGAAUGGAAUCUUCUGUAGUAGUUUCUGACACCACCAGCAAAGAUCCCGUCCUCACGGUGGACGGUCUAUACUACCAGUCACUCGGGAUUGUGCCAGAGGCUGAUGGUGAGAAGAACGAUAAACAACACCAUUACACGUUGCAAUGGGCACCGGAUAUCUCCUUCCCGACCCCUAGAACUCUGAAGGCAGCGCUCCAAUUCGCCGCCGAUUUUGAUGAGAUUGGAAUCAUUCGCGACAUCCGAGAAGCGUGUUUCUACUUUAUACGGCGCGCAUUGGCCAAUCUCGCCGAAGAUAGGGUCAUGAAACUGAAUUGGCACCAGCAGCGGCUCUGGGCAUGGAUGAAGGUGCAGAUCAAACUGGCCCAGUUGAACGAACUGGGGCCCAUAAGCUCAGAAUGGGCUGGAAUGGGAGGAUGCACUGAGCUUGUCCUAGAUGCACUCAGAGAGCAAGAUGCACUUGGCUCGCGCUAUCGUUGUGCCAGCUACGACUUCACCGACAUUUCGUCAGGCUUCUUCGAAGCUGCCAGUGAGAGAUUCAAAGAAGUGGGUGAUGUGAUGGAAUUCAAAAAGUUGAACAUUGAAGAAGACCCGUCAGAACAGGGAUUCGAGAGCAACAGCUAUGAUCUUGUGAUUGCCAGUCAGGUCUUGCAUGCGACUAAAAAUAUCAAUCGCACGCUGGCAAACGUCAGAAAGCUGCUUCGCCCAGGAGGAAAGCUCCUUCUGGUGGAAAUCACUCGGGAUGAGAUCGAUCUGCAGCUGAUAUUUGGAACUUUGCCUGGAUGGUGGCUAGGAGAGGAGGCCGAGCGUCAGUCAAGCCCUUCGCUCACCAUCCCUGAAUGGCAGGCGGCAAUGAAGAGUACGGGCUUUGAUGGUAUCGACAUGGAACUACAUGACUGUGAGGAUGAAGACUUCUACGCUUUCAGCGUCCUUAUGGCAAGCGCCGCCAUCCCAGAUCCAGCCAUUUAUCCACAGUUCACGAUUGUGUACAAAGAGAUGCCACCCCCCAAGUGGCUGCAUAAGCUGAUCACGUCUCUUGAAAAAUUGACGACAUUCAAGCCGGAUGUACAACAGCUCGGUGCCUUUGAUGCUGAAGGUAAAACCUGCUUGUUCCUGGGAGAGAUGCACGAGGCUUUGCUCGACGAGCCGGGCUCAGCGGAGUUUGGUUUCAUACAAUCCCUCCUCAUCCAGGCUGCCGGUGUUCUUUGGGUGUCCCGCGGCAGUACGAUUCACUGCGAACGACCACAUAACACUCUGCAUACCGGUCUACUUCGCGCCCUUCGACUCGAACACAGCAGCAAGAGAUUGGUCUCACUGGAUAUUGACCCCACCACUGCGAGAUGGCCGGUUAGCGCUAUUGCGACCAUACUUGAUAUUGCCCGAAGACGCUUCCUCCUGGCACAAAACCCAAGUCAUCUGGACAAUGAAUACGCUGAGCGUGGUGGGAUCAUGUGUGUCCCCCGUGUCUUUGAGACUGUCGAUGAGAGCUCGAAGACCGCCCGUGGCAUCGAGAGCCCCGGGACGAAGACAGAGUUGUUCCAUCAAUCCAGUCAAAAGCUACGCCUCCAGGUGAGCACCCCUGGACUUCUGGAUACCCUCGGCUUCGUGGCUGAGCCCAUGCAAAUCAACCCAAUACCAGAAGAAUCAAUUGAAGUUGAGCCCAAGGCGUUUGGGUUGAACUUCCGGGACGUCAUGGUCGCGAUGGGCCAGCUGAGCAUGGAUAUAAUGGGCUUCGAAUGCAGUGGUGUCGUGACCCAGGUGGGCUCACUCGCGUCUCAGCACGGAUUCAAGAUUGGAGACCGCGUAUGUGCUCUCAUGCGAGGUCACUGGGAGAAUCGUGUAUGCCUGCAUUGGACUAGUGUGGUCGCCAUUCCAGACGGCAUGACUUUUGAAGUGGCCGCCUCCAUCCCCAUGGCGUUCACGACCUCAUAUUACGCCCUGUACGAGACCGCGCGUCUUCAGCCGGGGGAAAGCGUGCUGAUCCAUGCUGCUGCAGGCGGUGUCGGCCAAGCAGCAAUCAUCCUGGCGCAGAGAGUGGGAGCUGAGGUGUUUGUGACGGCUGGAUCACCCGAGAAGCGGGAGUACCUCAGCCGCCAGUUUGGCAUCCCUGAAGAUCAUAUUUUCUCCAGUCGCGAUGCCGAGUUUGCCAGUCAACUCAUGGAGAUAACCGCCGGAAAGGGGGUCGAUGUUGUGCUCAACUCUCUGGCUGGGGAGCUCCUCCAACGUACCUUCAACUGUGUUGCACCUUUUGGGCGAUUUGUUGAAAUUGGUAAACGCGACCUGGAGCAGAAUAAACAGUUGGAGAUGCACGCCUUCACUCGCCAUAUUUCUUUCUCCAGCGUUGAUCUGAUUGCUCUUGGGGAGCUCAAGGGAGCGGUGGUGUCUCGCAUCAUGAACGACAUCAUGCGACUGAUCAAGGAUGAAGGACUUCGGCUCAUCCAACCGAUUACCACCUACCCUAUCUCGAGAAUUCAUGAGGCCUUCCGGAUUCUUCAAGCGGGUAGACAUAUUGGAAAAGUGAUUGUGAUUCCCGGUCCGGAUGACCGAGUGAACCUUCUUCCGUCUGGGUGGCCUCUUCACCUGGACUCCGAAUCCACCCAUCUGGUUAUUGGAGGCAUGGGUGGAGUUGGCCGAUCUAUCUGCGAAUGGCUGGUCCAGCGAGGCGCCCGAAACUUGAUUAUCAUGUCUCGGAAUGCCGAGCAGCAAGCGCAGGGCAGCGCCUACGUGAACGCACUGCGGGCAUCGGGAUGCACGGUGGUCGUUGCUAGCUGCGAUAUCUCUGACAAGUUUGAGCUCAAGCAAACUCUAGACGGUUGCUUGCAGUCGAUGCCACCUCUUCGGGGAGUCAUCCAUAGCGGCAUGGUACUUCAGGAUACCGUCUAUGAGAAUAUGUCGUUGGAAGACUAUGCCAGGGCUGUCCGGCCGAAAGUACAAGGUACCUGGAACCUGCAUCAGGUGUUGUCCGACGUGGAUUUGGUGUAUUUCAUCAUGCUAUCCUCCUUGAGCGGAAUAACCGGCAACGUGAGCCAAGCAAACUAUUCCGCGGGUAAUACCUUCCAGGAUGCGAUUGCUCGUCAUCGCAGCGCACGAGGACUGCCAGCGGUGGCCAUUGACUUGGGAAUGGUCCGCGAGGUGGGAUAUGUCGCUGAAACGGACGGGGUGGCCAACCGACUUGAGCGCAUGGGCUUCCGCGCGGUGGAUGAAGAAGAGGUUCUGCAUCUCAUCCAGGAGGCGAUUUUGCGCCCCCUCCGCCAUGCCACUGACUCGCAAAUCCUUACCGGGUUCAAUUCCCAUCUCAGUACCGGUGACACGAAUGCAUUCUGGGCUAAGGACCCGAUACUGGGCGGUGUCCUACGCGCAACGGGCACCAAGUCGACAACACGAUCCAACCGAGUUCAUGAUGCGAUGGACCUCCGCGAACAGCUGACGAAUGUGCCAAUCCCAAACGAUCGAUUGGUUGUGCUCGAGACCGCCAUUGUGCGUAAGCUAGCGGCGAUGUUUUUCGUCGAAGAAGCAGCCAUUCAAGUGGGCGAAUCUCUCGCUAGAUAUGGAGUUGAUUCGCUGGUGGCGGUGGAGUUGCGUAACUGGCUUGUCGUCCAGCUCGGAAUAGAGGUGUCCAUUUUCGACAUCAUGCAAGGCGCGUCUGUGAAGCAGUUGGCUAGCAGCCUUGUCGCCAAAUGGGCUGCUGCCGCCGCUUAA